AUGGCUCCUGUGAUAUUGGGCCUAUCCCAUAAACUACUAUAUCCACUCGCUAUUUUCUGCAACAAGCUGAUCUCCUUCUCGCGGGCAAUGAAUUUAUGCCGGAUUUGUGAUAGAGAGUUUCGCCGCAAGGAUAGCCUUACUCGGCACAUGAAGAUGCACGAGCGAGGCCCCAAGGUGCGCAGAAAGUCUUGCAACCGCUGUCAAAGAUCGAAGAUUAAAUGUUCUGGAGAUCAUCCGCAGUGCCUCGCGUGUUCUCAGAGAGAGGUCUUGUGCGCAUAUCCUUUGAGUAGUACUGGCUGCGACCAAAAGCGCCAAUGCGACUCUCUCACGAAACCGGCGCAUAGAUCAACUCCAGGCGUUACCGCACCCUAUAUCUUCAGUCAUCAAACAGAGUGUUCAAUUAGCCUGGAAACAGUUGAAGCGAAUGGCCGAGGCUCACAGUUGUUCUCAUCAGAGACAGACAUACAAAGCUCAGCAUCUUUUACGCCAUUUCCAGUACCAACCUUUGGUCCGCUUAUCACCGAAAAGGCUGGUGAAAUCUUUCCUCAUAAUAAUUCAAUUCCCCAUUGGGAAGCUGCAAAUAUUGAUUGGAUGCUUCGAGAUGCUGGAGAUAGAGUCGAUUUUAGCACUCUCGGCUUCUCUGCUGAUCUCAUCCCGGUGGACCCGACCUCACACUUACUCUGGUCCACGUAUCAAAAUCCUUUCAAUGUUGCCCAAGAACCGGCCUCUAAGUACAAGGAGAGCGCGAUACAGCAAGAAGGCUGGCUGCUUGAUCCUCCUGAACUUGCUGAGCAAUCUUUGGACGUCCCUGAAUUAGGUGAACAUCGGGUUGACCAAUCAAUGACUGGAUCAUAUACACAAUUGCGAGAUCUCACUGAUGACGAUCGAGAUCGUAUCCAACAAACAGCCAAAGCCUGUCUCGAAGAGCCAAUAUGGGCACCUAUUUCAUUUGCGGCCUUCCCCAGCAAAGAAAAACUUGAUCACUGUAUCGAUCUGUUUUUUGUCAACUUCCAACCAGUCCUGAGCUUCAUUCACAAACCUACUUUUGACCCUACAGUCGCGCCAGUCACGCUCAUUCUUGCUAUCGCAAGCAUAGGCGCGCGGUUCACCAAUCUUAGCGGGGCAGCGUCUUUUGCUAAUGUUAUCGCAAAGCUGAAUCGCCGACUCCUACUCUCUACGGGCGAGCGCGAUCCACGAAUUGCAUGUUCUGAACCUUUCAUGGCGGCACAGUUGCUCCAGGGGAUCUACGGAUACUGCAGCGGCGAUAGAGUCUUGUUCAAUUAUAGCGAGACUUUAAGAUGGUCUCUAAUCCAGACAGGGAAACAAGUUGGCCUGUUUCAUGACACGCCGCGACGGACUCCCUCGACUAGAACCGAGAGUGUAGAAGCUCAAUGGAGCUCCUGGAUCGCUUUCGAAAAACGGAAGAGGCUGGGAUGGGCCAUACACGAGUUCGAUGCCCUGGCCAGCGUUCUUCAUAACCAGCGCCCUGCUUUCAGCACACCGGAUUUGACCCUGGCACUCCCCAGCGAUGCAGAUAGCUGGGAAGCUCCGUCAGCCCAUGCGUGGAUGGCCUUGCAUCCAUGGAAGAACGAGGCCGAUCCAGUUGGCUUUAGGCUCGCAGCUCGCAGCUGCUUCGAUGCUACCCUCAUCGACAAGAUUCAGCUAACUGAUACACAACAUAUCCAUAUCAUCAUGAUCACACUAGCUCGCUUUGUGUGGUCACUUAAAGAGUUACAGGUGUCUCCUCUUAUGGACGUGGUGCCCGAUUAUAUGCCAGUUCCUGACCAUAAAGCAACACUUACAGACAAGAUGGGAGAUUUCUUGGUUUCGCCUCACGAUCUAAAGUAUUCCAUGGCCACAGACGACCGCACCCUUCGCCAUGUCACCCAAAGAGCUUUGAUCAUCCACAUGGCAUACUUGUAUGGCGCAAGCGAUCUGAUGGACUGGUUGCCGGCUUUACUUCGCAGCGCAGGUUUCAACAAGCCAGCCCGUGAGCGCAUGAUCAAAUGGGGAGAAGAAGAUCCGGCGCGAGUACGCAAGGUCAUCUACCACAGCUCACAAAUCUUGGGAAUCUGCCGUGACUUUCCUUUCAACACUCCAUACGAGUCUUUUUACGCCUUUUACGCUGGUGCGGUAUUAUGGUGCGCUGCUACACUCCUGGCUUCUCCGCUCAGGGAUAGCAUUUGCAGUGGUAAAGACGAAAAGUCUGAUUCCGAAAUCAACAGAGUUAUCCUUCUGUUGGAUAGGCCUCCAGUUAAUGAUGCGGCUAAUUGGACUGCUGGCAUUCUGAAGUGGGUUCGCGAGGGCGGACGGUAUAUUCAGCUCGGCAUGUAUGGCGUACCAAUGCUGGGCAGCCCAGAGAGUCGAGUACAGGUGGUUCAAGAAACGGUUCGUGUGUUGCAAAACAUGCGCGUUUGGGAUAUUUCUCGAGCAUUUGCGUCUACUCUCAGGCGCCUCGUACGAGCUGUAGAAGUGACCCAUCGAUAA